CUGGACGACGCCGAUCGCCGGGCUCCGGCCUGGGCCCCGCGCGCGCCGCCCUGCUCCCUGGCGUGGACGGCCGGACCCGCCCUGGGCCAGGCGCCCGCGCGGGAACGCCGGCGGGCCCCGCUAGCCUGGGGGCCUUCUCGGGGUUCCCUGCGCCCGCGGCCCUGGCGCGCCCGGAGCUGUGGAGAGACUUGGCCAAGGGCAGAACCGGAGGAAGCCCGGGCUUUCCCCUCUGCCCGAAGCUGCUGUAGGUGCUGCGCGGUCGGCCCAAGGGGAAGGCUCAGGAACGCCCAGAGAAAGAGCACGCACGUGUGCGCUCAGCAUUCUUGAGUCAGGCUUCAUUUGACGCUAGAGCCCCCAGUGUGCACGGACACACCUUGCUGCCUUCAGAGAGCCGAGCCGGAGGCCCCUGGGCAUGUUCAAUCUGGGUAUCGAGGAAGAGAGGAUUGCCGUUCAGUGAGAUGAAAGAUGUCUAAGAUUGGGACUCCUAGCCAGGGUAGUGCGACUUCGCUCACUCAAGAUUUUCUUGCUUCUACUUGUGGAAUGAUCCCGGAGACGAACGCGAGCGUCGAUUACCCAGGGACCUUCGCACGUAAUCUUACCAGGGAUGAGUGUGUUGGAAAAUCAAGGAGCUACCGUAUCUGUUGAUUAACUAUGGAAGAUUAUACCAAAAUAGAGAAAAUUGGAGAAGGUACCUAUGGAGUUGUGUAUAAGGGUAGACACAAAACUACAGGUCAAGUGGUAGCCAUGAAGAAAAUCAGACUAGAAAGUGAAGAGGAAGGGGUUCCUAGUACUGCAAUUCGGGAAAUUUCUCUAUUAAAAGAACUUCGUCAUCCAAAUAUAGUCAGUCUUCAGGAUGUGCUUAUGCAAGAUUCCAGGUUAUAUCUCAUCUUUGAAUUCCUUUCCAUGGAUCUCAAGAAAUACUUAGAUUCCAUCCCUCCUGGUCAGUUCAUGGAUUCUUCACUUGUUAAGAGUUAUUUGUACCAAAUCCUACAAGGGAUUGUGUUUUGCCACUCCAGAAGAGUUCUGCACAGAGACUUAAAACCUCAAAACCUGUUGAUUGAUGACAAAGGGACAAUUAAAUUGGCUGAUUUUGGCCUUGCCAGAGCUUUUGGAAUACCUAUUAGAGUAUACACACAUGAGGUAGUAACGCUGUGGUAUAGAUCUCCAGAAGUAUUGUUGGGGUCAGCUCGCUACUCCACUCCAGUUGACAUUUGGAGUAUAGGUACCAUAUUUGCAGAGUUAGCAACUAAGAAACCACUUUUCCAUGGGGAUUCAGAAAUCGAUCAACUCUUCAGAAUUUUCAGAGCUUUGGGCACCCCCAAUAAUGAAGUGUGGCCAGAAGUGGAAUCUUUACAGGACUAUAAGAAUACAUUUCCCAAGUGGAAACCAGGAAGCCUGGCAUCCCAUGUUAAAAACUUGGAUGAAAAUGGCUUAGAUCUGCUCUCGAAAAUGUUAGUCUAUGAUCCUGCCAAACGAAUUUCUGGCAAAAUGGCAUUGAAUCAUCCAUAUUUUAAUGAUUUGGACAAUCAGAUUAAGAAGAUGUAGCUUUCUGACAGUUUCCAUGUAUCAAGAACAGAUAGUUACAUUUUUACUGUUAACUUUGUCUAUUUUUGUUUGUGUAUUUUUCUUUGUUGUAAACUUAAGCUAUACUUCAUCUUCUGAUUUCAAAAGUGUAACUUAAAAAUGUAAAUAUUGUUCUAUAUCAAUUUAAAUAUAAUAAUUCUGUAUAUGUUUAUAGAUCUCACUGUAACAACUGUUUGUUACCAUAAUAAAACUAUAAAUCUAG